AUGCAAAUUAGUUAGAAUGUCCAUCAUUAGAAAGUUCAUCAAACGAUCUAUUAGUAUUUGCUGAAAAUUUAGAAAAUACAUUAAUAUAGGAUAUAACAGCAUUAUUUAAAUUAAUCAAACUAAAAAUAAGUGUUUCUGAUCAUUAUGAGUCUUAAUCUAAUAAUGAAGAAAACUAGAAAAGUGAAGAAUUUUAAUAAGAAUUUGCUUAUUAGGAUUAAAAAAAAGACAAUAAAUUUGAAAAUUAAAAUAUUUAAACUAUAAAUAUAUAAAAAAAUACUUAUAAAAAAAUUCGAAAAAUACAAUAAUUUAAUUUUGAUUUUGAUAGAAUAUUUAAAAACAAAAAACCAUGUAAAUACACAAAAGAAGAAUAAUUAGCUAUAAUGAGUUUUUUUAACAAAUUCUACGAUCCUAAAAAAAGAAAUAAAUACUAAGUAGCUUGGUUAUUGUCGAAAAAAACAGGUGCUUCAAUAAGUACUUUACUUAAUUUGGUUAAAGAAAUUUAAUAAAAAGAUAUGAUUGAUAAUAGUUAAG